UCAUAAUACACACAACAAGCCACCAUGAAGGCCGUGCUUUCAACUCUCGCCCUUAUCGCCACUGUGGCUGUCGCUCAGCAACGUUGCGACGCAGAAUACCCCGAAACUUACUGCAAUACAACUGAGAUCGUCUCCUUCCAAACAUCCGACUGCAAACCGUUCCAUGUCUUCAUCGUCCGAGGAUCCGAUGAGCCCUACCCCGGCCGUCAGGGCAACGUCUCGUCUCAAGUAUGCGCAUCAUUAGGAAAGGACCAAUGCGGCUUCGAGAACAUUGAGUACCCAGCAAAGAGCACUGCGUGGGGAAAGGAAGAGUGGUGCAAAUCCGCAAGCAAAGGAGCGUCUGGUGGACAAGCGCAGGUCAAAGCCUACAGCGAAAAGUGUCCCAAAUCGAAACUCAUCUUAUUCGGUUUCUCGCAAGGCGCAUCGGUUGCGCAAGACAUUCUUGGUGGAGGCGGAGGCCACGUCUUUGAAUGUGAUCAAGACACCAACCCAGCCCUGGAAUCUUCGAUCGGUGACAAGUUCAUUGCAGCAGUGACAUUCGGCGCUGUAGCUCGAUCGCGCGACCAAAAUUACACCAUUGGUGACGGCAAAUCCUUUGAUGGCACCCGAGCCCGUACCACGGAACAGCUUUCAGCACUGAGCAAGUACUCCGACCGCCUAAGCGACUACUGCCACCACGGCGACCCCAUCUGCGCCGUGGGCAGCGAACCCGUGGACGUAGCCCAACAUCUCGACUACUUCAUCCUUCACAACGAAGAAGUGGUCAAAUGGGUCACUGAGAAGGCCAAGGCAAGUUCGCCAAAGGCUCCUGUUUCGGCGCAGACGGGCGAGACGGCGGCGACGGGUGCGGCAGGCGGUUUGAGUGUUGCUUACGCGCCGAUUGUGGCUCUCGCGGUAGCUGCUCUGCUGUUCACGGCUUAGUCGUGUCGAGGAUUCGAUGCGUAUUUGACAUUUUAGCUUGGGCGUUUGGGACGCAUACGAUAAUCUAAAUGAGAGUCUGACAUUGGAAGGCUUUCGGAAAGUAUGCAUCGAAGCUGUACUUCAAAGCUUGUUUGGGCAGACUCCAAGUACAUAAUGUAUACAAUCAAUUACCAGUCGGGGUAAUAUCGUAG